AUGCAGGAAAUCAUAGGACAUUCUGAUGAAGAAGAUUUGGGAGACACGGGAAUAAGCAAGAAGAAGCAACAGCAUCUAGUAAAGAGAUGGAAUAGAUUGUAUGAACCUGAAACAGUCAAGAAUGCCCAUCAAGAAAGAUCUUGGCGGAAUCAAUUGGAUAUAUUUGGUGUAUUGAAAAAUUAUCUCAGAUCUUGGCGGAAUCCAUUGGAUAUAUUUGGUGUAUUGAAAAAUUAUCUCAGAUCUUGGCAGAAUCGAUUGGAUAUAUUCGGUGUAUUGAAAAAUUAUCUCAGUCCUCCACCUGCUUAUCUGCUGAUGUACCACAAGAAAGAUAUGCAACCAGACUAUGCUAACGAUAGUCCAAGAAACCAAAGCACACAGUUAGACUGUGAUAAAAAUAAACCCCAAAAGAAAGCAAAUUAUAAACAAGAACAUCAAAAAAAUGGAACAAAGAGACAAACAAGUGACAUACCUGAGCAACGACAUAAUCUGAAGAAGGAGAAAAGAGAUGAACAAAAGCCCCUAAAUAGUAGAGAAGUAGAGAGAGAUAAUAAUCCUGAUGAAGAAAACCAGACCUGCAAAAAUAUCAAUCCAGAAAUGACAAGGGAGCAGCCAAGGACAAACGAAUCCACAUCGCAUACUGAUUUGCCAAGGCCUUCAUUACUGGAACAAAACCAGAAAGAGAAAACAGAACAGAACAAGGUUAAGCAAAAGAGGAGCCAGUCUUGGCCUGGAGGAAUGACAUCACGUACUAGCAGGAGAAUGACUGCCGCAGAACAAGAGCAGUAUGAGGGAAUGAAACAGUUAAUAGUUACUGCUAUAGAUGGAGAAAAGACAACGAAGAAGCAAAAUGACACACCAGGCAAUGACCCUAACAGCUCUCCCACUGAACAUCAAAGAGCAUCUGUUUCAGAUAAACCAGAUAAAAUGGAUGAAGAACUGCAAGUGACAAAUGAGCAAAAUUCUUGAAAUUAAACUUUUACAGACA